AUUUCAGCUAUAGAUAGCUCUAGAUAUCUGUAAGAGCUAUUCAUUACUCUUACAUACUGGCAAAGGUCUGGUUCUGAGAUAAGGAAAAGCAAAGUCUUUGUCAUCCCCUUUGAGCAGUUUCAUUUGGAAAGUUAGUGGGAACUAUUUUAGGACAUAUCCAAUUAGGAAGCAUAAGAGGUAGGCAGCCACAACUGGUUCGCCAGGUUCUCUAACUUCCUCCUGAGCUUUGUGGAGAAUGUCUAAAAUGAAAAACCCUCGGACUUUUGAGGAGCAAACAGAAUGCAUCGUGAAUUCUCUACUCGAAGACUUUGAGACCCCAAAAUCCCACGCUGUUAACCGGAACCUACAGGAUGCAGAUGAACCAUGCUCAGGAGAGGAUUACUCUUUUGAUGUGGCUGUCAUUGUUGGGCGCCUUCGAAUACUGGGUGACCAGUUCAGUGGCGAGCUGGAAGCUUCUGCCAAUAAUAUCAUUUCGGUAACCAUUGGAGGACAGCCAGCAAGUACUGUACUCAAGGACACAGUACAGUCUCUCAGCAGAACCUGGUGUACUCAGGACCCUACCUUAGUUUUUGAACGAGCCUUUUUGGCAGUAUCAGUAAAACUUCUUGAAUAUGUGGUCCGUAAGGCUCCAGAAGUGGCAAGACGGGUGGCUGACUACGUGACGGGCAUGAUCAACAGGAACACAGCCAUCCGAGAGUUUAUCCAGGGCCAGGGAGGAUGGGAAAACCUGGAGAGCUGAAGAAGAGGAUUAUUCUAACCCAGACUGAACAUCACAUCCUCUGACGAAUUGGGUGGGCGAUUGAUUUCUGACAAUUAAAACAUUCUGUUUUCAAUUCA